AUGUCAGAGAUAAAGUAUAAAAAUCAAAUUUUAGCUGCAAUUGAUCAUCUACGUGCCCGAAAGUCCAGACCAGAUAUAGGUAGAAUUUGUAAAUUUAUGCUCAAAUGUUAUAAAGUAGCACCAAAAGAUACUAAAGCUGAUCUAAAACGUUGUAUAAAGGAAAAAAGUAUUUAUAAAGUUGAUUACAAGGAUAAUUCGCAACAAGCUGAGCGACGAAUCAUUACAUCUGCAAUUGCUACUUUAAUUUAUCAAGACCAAAGUUACUUAGAAAAUGGCAUUGCAUUUGAUGAACUUGUAAAAGUAGCAGCAUCGCAGGAUCCUAAAUACACCAAAAAGCAACUGGAAGCUAUAAUUAACAAAGAGUUGUCUUCUGGUAGUCUGGUAAAACUACCAAAUGGAGCUUUAGCUUUGGGUCCAGCUGAUCAUGAUGGUGACAGCUCAGAUAGUUUCAAAUUUGAUUACAAUGAUUCUAACACAAAGAUGACAUCUUCAGCAAAUUCUUCAUGUAGAUCAUCUCCACAACGCACUAGAGGACGUCCAAGAAAAAGACCUGGUCAAGUUACAAGCAGCCAAAAUUCAAAUCAUAACCAAAACUCUGUUGUUAGAGUAGGAGAAAGGAGAAAAAUGGCAAAAAAAGUGUUUGAUCCAUCUGAUAACAAUGUUCCAAGUAAAAGAAAAAGAGGAAGACCUGUGGGUUCAUUAAAUAAAAGCACUAUAAAAAAAAGAAUGAUGAUUGCUGGUAAAGUAGAUAAAGAAGGUACACCAUUGUCGGAAAGCCAGCAGUCAAUAGAUGGUAGCGGGGAUGAAAUAGACAGGGAUGAGACAAAUCUUACUGAAACCGAAACUUCUGGAAAUGUUUGUUCCGUCUGCUUAGUACAGAAGUCUCGUGGAAACAGUGAUCUUUUAGUGGAGUGCCGAGAUUGUAACAAUAAAGCCCACUUAAGUUGCCUUCAGUCUGGCUCAGGGAUUCUAAAACCACGUCCAGACAACACUUGGCAAUGCCCACAUUGUAAAACGUGUGCAGUCUGUUGUGAAACCAAUGAUGCCGGUAUAUUAACUGUGUGCAGUAUAUGUUCCGAUGCAUACCAUGCUUUAUGCCAUUCCCCACGAAUACCCGAGAGACUGAAAGCAUGGGACCAAUGGGAAUGUACUAAUUGCUUAGAAUCCAGGCCAUCAAUCGAUAAACCGGCACAAAUGAAUCCAAGUAAUAUUGAAUUUUGUUCAAAAAAUUCAUCAACAAUUGAUCCAUUUUUAAAGCCUCAUGAAAUAGAUAGAGCUGCAGCUAAGAUUGCAGAUAAAGUUCCGAUAGACCCCACUAUACCCGACAUAACUAAUUGGAAUGUUGAUGAUGUGUAUGAUUACUUUAUGGAGCAUUUGUCUGAAGCUGCACCAAUUUUACGAGAUCAGGAGUUUGAUGGACAAGCAAUAAGUAUGGCUCGGAGAGCAGACAUCGUGAGGGGACUAGGACUUCCUCUUGGACCGGCACUGGCAUUAUAUCGGAUUAUUGUUAAGUUACAGACUAAAAAGGAUGAUUGGAGGAUGUGUUGGGGAUAA